UAGCAGAAGCGACUAUUGAUGAAUCUGUAAAAGAGGCAAAAGAUUUAGUAGAAUACUACUUAGCCCUGCCAAAGGAUCUAUUUCCUAAUGCACGGAUGUUAGCAAUGGACCCGAAUUUCAUAAUAGAUGAAUUCUGCAAAAUACCUGAUAUAAGUGAAGACGUUUCAUGGAUAUUAGAUUUAGAGUUCGGUAUACCAAGAGCACCAGUUACCAGGGCCAUAGCCGUUUACGAUGUCAAAUUUAACAGUAUCCAUUGCAAGAACACUCCCCGAGCAAUUCAUCCCGGUUUUGAGAAAUGUCACGAGGACUUUAAACGGGUGCUGCUCUUCUAUUACGACUGUAUCGUAUCUACUUGGUACAACGGAUAUAUUAUUAUGAAUUAUGACAGAUCCGUGGAGAAUUUCCAGUCAUGGCUGCUGAUACCAAUGCAGAUGUUUGGAAUGUGUUGGCCCUAGCAUGCACGCAUGAAAUGUAAUCAUAAGAUUAAGCAUGGUAUGUUAUAAUUACGAUGAAUGUAAAUAAAUAUUGUCAU